AUGCCAGCUUCUGAUGGAUUAGCUCGGAUUGCUUACCAAAGCAUCGGUAGAUCCAUGUUCGAUGCGUUUCCUUGUAUUGCCAGUGCUGGACAAAAUGCUUGGUCUCACUUCAACAGAUGCUUAAGCUCAAAGAUACGAUGGGAGAGACAGAAGCGACUCAAAGUGAUGAAACGCAAAGAAAGCCCAAAGGACCCUGAUGCAGCAAGUAAACGUCCUUGCACAAAUUCAUCUCCCCCACCACUAGCACUCCCUUCCAUUCAAGAGCCUUUGAUCAGCGAAACAGUGUAUGCUACACACAUCAAAGAAAUUCAAAAAGUGUUUACAGGCACUCGUAAGACAGACAUGACACCCACAGUGAUGGCCCACUUGGACAACCUAAUGCAGGAGACAUUCCCACGUAGAAGGAAGCUAAUACUGGCCCCAGACAACAUGGACACAUCAGAACUAGUAGAAAAGCUUUGGAAAGAUUUCCCAUGCCUUCAAAAUGACACAUGCCUAAUGCAGGAGAUCAGACGUUGUGACAUACACCUUGACACAUACUACAAUGACAACUACUUGGGUGUGCUGGAGAACCUUGGUAAACUGUAUGAUAUUCCACACGAUACCGACUUUGACCAUGUUCAAGUCCUUAAGGAGACGGAAGUGCGCCUGAAUAAACGCAUCAAAAAAACAGAGGUCAUCAAGGUCUUGAAGCUCAACUCGGACUCCAUGGACUCGAAAGUAAAUGGCCAGACAUCACCUAGCCUCGUCAUUACAACUGAUGAUAACCUUGUUACAUCUUCUCAUGUCGUGGGUUUUGGGCGGACCCUUGUUGAGAUGCAGGGGGAAGGUGCGUUGAAGAGGGGACUGCGGUCGCUUAUGGCAACCUACUACAUCCUUGAUUUCGAGUAUCCUCCAGGAUACUCGAUGAUGCUGAAAUUCAUACAGCACUACCUGAUGGGCAGGAUAGUGAAGGACAUCCCCAAGUCGAUCAAAACAUUGUGCUCCAAGGCUGGAGUGGCUAACAGUGUGGAUUAAGCGGUUGGGUGAGACAAAGCUAUGCUUGGUGGUUAAGUAGAAGUAAGGUUUGGGGUAGUGCCAUGUGAACAUUUCUUGAGUGUGUGUCACUCAAAGUUUCGACCAGGAGCAAUUUCGGACAAGAACAUUUGUUAAACUAACUUUCCCGA